AUGGCAGCCAGUCACGGCCAGUCGAGGCCACUGGGCGCCGAGGCACCCGGUCAACAGUGCCUGUACUACAAUGGAAUGUUUUAUCAGGGAGAAAACGAGGAGCAGUACGAAUGGGUGGUCGUGGAUCAAGGGACGGGUCAAAUUGUCCAGUUGGGCAAGCCAGGAACAGACCUGCCAUCCACGCCGAUCGAACGCAUCGAUCUUGAAGGCCAAUUGGUUCUACCCGGGCUCCAAGACUCACAUCUUCACAUUCGAAUGCUCGGGGAAACGCUCAGCCGGCCCUCUUUUCGUGACUGCCGCAGCGUCGCGGACAUGCUGGAGGUGGUGCGAGUGGCGCACGAAGCACUGCCCCCUGACGCCUGGAUUGUGGGGCAGCAUUGGGACCACGAGCAAAUCCGUGAGGGCCGCCCCGUCACCAUGACGGAACUUGAAGCCGUGUGCCCUGGCCGCUUUUGCUUGCUCUAUCGCGGCUGCUUUCACGUGGCCGUGGCCAGCCGGCAAACUCUGGAGCUGAUGGGUGUGCCCUUGACCCGUUCGCCUGCUCAGUUGACUGCGCUCAAGCUGGAGCAAGACACGGUUGAGUAUGAUGCAACAGGUCAGGCCACGGGUCUACUCCGCGAAGCGGCAGCCACACGGGCUUUCAGUCUACAUGAGGAUGUAGUUACUGACGAGCAACGACGUGCCUGGAUUCAAACUGGCCUACAGCACGCGCUCGAGCUUGGUUUGACCGUGGUUCAACCCAAUGAUGCCCACGCCUGGCCCAUCUAUCGUCAAUUACACCAGGAAGGACAACUCAACCUUCGCGUUCAUCUGACGCUUCCCUACACCGAGCUGCGGGACCAAGCCGAUGCUGCAGAUGCCCCAGCGGCAGCCCUCCCACCCUUUGCGCCCUGGAGCAGCACAGAUGACAUGCUGCGCUGCCAGCGCAUCAAGCUAUUUGCGGAUGGGAGCCUGGGAGCGGGAACGGCAGCGUUGAGUCUGCCAUACCGGUGUGCCCACAACCACGAUGACCAUGCCCAUGACGAGCAGCACAAGGAAGACCGCGGAAUUCUCAACUACACACAAGAUGACUUUAAUGCCUACGUAGCACGCGCUCAUCAAGCGGGGUUUCAGCUCGAGAUUCAUGUCAUUGGGGAUGCAGCGGCAGACAGUGCUUUGACGGCGCUUGAGGCAGCUGGCGUUGGUCCAGCAGACCGAGCCAUUUUGACACAUUGUCAAGUUCUCAGCAAUAGCAUUCUGCCACGGAUGCACAAGCUACAAACCAUCGCCAAUAUUCAACCAAGUUUUGUGGUCACGGAUGCAGCAUGGCUGCACAAGCGGCUGGAUGAGCGGCUGCUAGAGGUGUGCUAUGCAUGGCGAACGCUGUUGCAGCGUGGUAUUCCUUGCGCGGGCGGCUCAGAUGCACCAGUCGAGACCAUCAACCCACUGCAAGGCAUGCACGACGCCAUUUUCCGUGACAAGCCAGCCGGUUCGACGGAAAUGUGCUUCUUACCUCAAGAGCGCCUAAGUUUCGACGAGGCGUUGCACCUGUAUACACGGGGAGGCGCCUAUGCAGGCCGGUCUGAGCAGCGGCGUGGCAUCUUUGCGGAGGGCUUUGACGCGGAUUUUGUGGUCUUGCCCACCCCUGUUCACAAGCAUCCCGAGCUGCUGGCCAGCACCAAGGUCAGCCGUGUGGUUGUGGCCGGCCAGACACGCUUCCUGCGCCAGCCAGACGACCCCUCGUGA